CCAGUGUGCAUCUGUCAUACUGAAUACGCACUACGUCAAACGAUGUGCCAUCAAAGUGGGUAUCCUUCUUAGUUUCUGUUUUAUUGAUGAUUCUCUAUUUCAGUGCUAGCUGUAUAGAUACUAGUAGUGCAACGUUGGAGGCACGUCAGAUGUUUACUCAACACAGAAUAGACUCUAGUCUGGCAAACAUCAGCUGACGAUCUUCAUCUGGAAAGCAAAAUGUCGUUCAGGGAUAAAGGGUGUUUCCAAUGUGAAGUCUGCUCAAAGAGUUGUAAAGGCAAGUCUCUUCUAGAAAUACACAUGCGUGUUCAUUCUGGUGAAAGACCUUUCACGUGUGGAAUGUGCUUAAAGGAUUUCUCAGCCAAGCCUAACAUUAAAAGACACAUGCAGAUCCACACUGAAGAAAAACCUUUCAAAUGUGAAUUGUGCACGAAAUGUUUUACAAAUCGUUCCAAAUUCAGAGAACAUAAGCUGAUUCAUACUCGUGAGAAAACUUUCAAAUGUGAAGUGUGCACGAAAUGUUUUGCUUAUAAAUCCAGCUUAAAACAACAUAUAAUGAUUCAUACAGGCAAGACACCUUUCAAAUGUGAAGUGUGCCCAAAAUGUUUUGCACAGAGAGUCAACUUAAAGCAGCAUAUGUUGAUUCAUACUGGUGAGAAAUCUGUCAAAUGUGAAGUGUGCACAAAAUGUUUUAGAUGUAGAUCCCUCUUGAAAAAACAUAUGUUGAUUCAUAAUAGCGGUAAAACUUUCAAAUGUGAAGUGUGCACAAAAUGUUUUGCUUAUAAAUCCAGUUUAAAACAACAUAUGUUGAUUCAUACUGGUGAAACACCUUUCAAAUGUGAAGUGUGCCCAACAUAUUUUGCAUAUAGUUCCAAAUUAAAGCGGCAUAUGUUGAUUCAUACUGGUGAGAAACCUUUCAAAUGUGAAGUGUGCACAAAAUGUUUUACUCGGAGUUCCAGCUUAAGACAACAUAUGUUGAUUCAUGCUGGGGGGAAAAUUUUCAAAUGUGAAGUGUGCACAAAAUGUUUUGCUUAUAAAUCCAGUUUAAAACAACAUAUGUUGAUUCAUACUGGUGAAACAACUUUCAAAUGUGAAGUGUGCCCAACAUAUUUUGCAUAUAGUUCCAAAUUAAAGCGGCAUAUGUUGAUUCAUACUGGUGAGAAACCUUUCAAAUGUGAAGUGUGCACAAAAUGUUUUACUCGGAGUUCCAACUUAAGACAACAUAUGUUGAUUCAUACUGGGGAGAACUGAACUGAAGAUGUAGAUUGAGUGACAUGAUUCUAGACAAACAAGUGUGUAUUCAUCUCUGAUGAGGAUUUUGUGACUGAAUAAAAAGAAGUAGACAAUAAUCCAGCUUUUAAUUAUUUAUUCAUUGAUUUUCUUAGUUAACUCAAAACAUAUAUUAACUGUAUUUUAAGACUAUAUGUCAGAAUUAACAAAUAAAUUACCUCCAGUAGCCGAUAAUAAAUAAUGUUAGAGCGUAUUUUCUUGUAUCGGUUUUAAGGUAUUGUAGAUUUUAAAAAUGCUCCAUUAUAUCAUAAUUGUGUAUUACUUUAGUGUUCUGAUUUAACAAUAUUACUAUCACUUUUGACUGUUAACUUGUUUUAUGCGGUAACUGAUAACCUAAUAACCAGCAUGAUGGACUCGCCAGUU